ACAGGGCCCCCAGGCCAGCGGCUGGCACAGGGCCCCACAGGAGGAGGCAGAGCAGCGGCACCAGGACGCCCCAAACAGGUCCUAGCUGGGCAAAAUGUUCCGGGCCCGGGUCUGGAGGGGCGGCAGGCACCGGGCCCCCAGGCUGGACGCCGGGCGCGGCACCCCCAGGCUGAGCACGGGCAGGGGCACAUCGGACCCCUGGAGGAGGGGCAGGGCACCAGGGCCCCCAGGAGGAGCGGCGGGCACCGGGGCAUCAGGCCGACAGCAGGCAUCGGGCAGGCAUCACUUCAUUUGGCUCGCCAGCGGGCCCCCAUCUGGCAAGGCAGUGGGCACCGAGUCACCAGGCACGACAGGUGG